AUGGCCGCCGCCUGCGCCUUGGCGCGCGGGGCGGUCGCCCGCGGGCCGACCGUCUGGACGAUCCAGACUGGCAGGACCAGGAGUCUCUCGGUGACCCGCAUCCUCAGAGCAGAGAAGGCGACAGGGCCCUUGGCGGGCCUGAGGGUCUUGGACCUCUCCCGCAUCCUCGCGGGCCCCUCGGCCACGAUGCUGAUGGCGGACAUGGGCGCCACGAUCACCAAGGUGGAGGCCCUGAAGACGGGGGACGACACCCGCCGCUACGCGCCGCCGUACAUCCAG